UCCCCUGGAUGCUCUUAAUAACUAAUAAUAAUUGUAUGAUUUUCCUCAAACGGCAAACCUGGGAAGUUCUACGAUUGCCACGCGCGGAAGGAGACAAACCAAAACCCUAAAUCCUCCAAAGAACACGGCAACUAUCAGGCUGAAGCUGCUGGAGCCAACCAAAUGCACUGCCUCUUCCCCUUCUUUGCGAAACCCCCAUCGCCUUCUGUUCUUCUUCUCCUCCUCCCUUACAGUUCCAUCCCAUCUUCGUUUUUCACAUGUCUUUCUCCUUCUCUUCUCUCUCCCUCUCCUUCUCUUUUGUCAGCCUUGGCCUCCACAAUGGCCUGCAUCGAACACCGACCACCCUCUGCUUCUCCUCCUCCUCCUCCUCUCUUUCGAUUCAUCUCCACUUUUUUUAGUAUUUCUAUGAGAGUUUGUGGCAAGCUACAUGGCUCUCUACGUCCUCCCCUCCCUCUUUCCCUUCACCAAACCGCCUUCUCCACUUCUUUCCCUCCACCGAGUCUUCUUGGUUCCCUCCGUCACUGGCUCUGACUCAAAUUCCCAAGUGAGAAUCACCGACGAUCUCUCUGGUGGCUCCUCCAAGCCCCAGAGUUAUAAGAGUCGGGUUCUUUGUGGUCGAGAGCGCUCCGCGCUUGUUUCGGAGACACCUGCUUCCCAGAAUCUUGAUUGCAGCUCCCAAAAUGACAUCUUGGGCGACAUUGAUCGAACCAUUGCUCUCAAACGCCCACAUUUGGGCUUAACCGGGCACCGGAGCCUUAAUGCAAUCUCGGAGUAUGAAAGCGAGCAGCGCUUGGACCAUCAGCCAUUGGUGUCAUCUUCUAAGCUCGAUAACGGUAUAGGUUCUCGGGCUCAAGUUAUAGAACCUGAAUUCAAAACAACGCUCGCUGAGCUCAUGGAUGAGAGCAGAGUCCGGCCUGUAUCGCUUUACGGCGAUCUGGAGGUCUUGAUUACUGGAAUCCAGAAUGAUUCAAGGAAGGUGACUCCUGGAGAUCUCUUUGUUUGCUGUCUUGGGUGCAAGACUGAUGGGCAUCUCUAUCUCAUGGAUGCCGUCAGCCGAGGGGCUAUUGCAGUUGUUGCUAGUAAAGAUGUCAACUUGGAUGAGAUACAGGGUUGCAGAGCUCUUGUUAUGGUGGAGAAUACCGAUUCUAUACUUCCUGUUCUUGCUGCGACCUUCUACAAGCACCCAUCAAAGAGAAUGUCGGUGAUUGGGAUCACGGGUACCAAUGGUAAAACAACAACUUCGCACUUGGUUAAGGCAAUUUUUGAAGCAAUGUCACUGAGGACAGGAAUGUUGGGCACGAUUGGAUACUACAUCCAUGGAGAUACCCAGUUGGAAGCUCCCAACACAACUCCAGAUGCAGUGAUGGUCCAGAAACUGAUGGCAAAGAUGGUGCACAGUGUGACUGAGGCAGCGGUCAUGGAGGUUUCCUCUCAUGGGUUGGCUCUUGGGAGGUGUGAUGAGAUAGAUUUCAACAUUGCAGUGUUCACAAAUUUGACGAGAGACCACUUCGAUUUCCAUAGGACUGAGGAGGAGUAUAGAAAUAGCAAGGCUAAGCUGUUCUCAAGAAUGGUUGAUCCAAAAAGUCACCAUAAAAUUGUGAACAUUGAUGACCCAAAUGCACCAUUUUUCGUAGCGCAAGGAAAUCCAGAUGUUCCUGUUCUGACCUUUGCGAUGGAGAAUGAGGAUGCGGAUGUCUUCCCCUUAAAGUUUGAGCUUUCACUGUUCAAGACACAGGUUUUGAUCAUCACACCUAAGGGAAUACUGGAGAUAACUACAGGGUUGAUCGGUAGGCAUAAUGUAUAUAAUAUACUCGCGGCAGUGACUGUUGGUAUUGCAGUGGGUGUUCCACUGGAGGCCAUCGUGAGAGGGAUUGAAAGGGUUGAAGGAGUCUCAGGCAGGUGUGAGUUAAUAGGUGAGGGCCAUCCUUUUGGAGUAAUCGUCGACUUUGCGCAUACACCUGAUGCUUUAUCCAGAAUUUUGGACACUGUAAGAGAAUUAGGUGCAAGAAGGAUAAUCACUGUCUUUGGAUGUGCUGGUGAAAGCGAUAGAGGAAAGAGAUCGAUGAUGACAAAAAUUGCAACUGACAAAAGUGAAGUUGUUUUUUUGACUUCUGACAACCCAAAGACUGAACACCCAUUGGACAUCUUGGAUGAUAUGCUAGCUGGUGUUGGAUGGACCAUGCAAGACUAUGUACAAUAUGGUAAAAGUGGUUGCUGCCCACCUCUUCCAAAUGGCCAUAAGCUUUUUGUCCAUGACAUUAGAAGAGUGGCAAUUCGGGCUGCUGUAGCCAUGGCAGAGAAAGGUGAUAUAGUUGUUGUUGCAGGCAGAGGCCAUGAAACCUAUCAAUUGGUGGGUAACAAAAAGAAACAUAUUGAUGACAGAGAAGAGUGCAGAGAAGCAUUGCAUUAUGUUGACCAGCUGCGACGGGCAGGGAUGGACCAGCGAAUUCCUAUGGUGGUUAUGAGGGAGUCUCUGAUGUCUUUUCACAAAGACAUGGAAGCUUGGUAUGCGCCAACUGAACAAAUGGACACAUCUUGCAUCUUAGCUGUUCCAUGAUCACUUGUUUUAGGUGAUUAAACAUGAUCUCUUAUGCAAGGAAAACACAUGCUUAAUGGAUCCGAUCAAGGUUGAUCAGGUUAUGUACUUGUUGCUCUUAGACUGCUGUCAGUGACAAGCAAGCGGCAUGCUGCAGUUUUGUAGUUUUUUUUUUUCAUGUUAACUUGAGCUUAUAUAUCAGAAUUUUGCCACUGAGACAAGGUCCACAAUUUUCCUCAUGCCACUCAUGUUGUUUUCACUCCAUUAAUAUAUGCACUGCCCAAUGUAGUCCUUAUUU